AUGAGUGCACAACAACGGCCUUAUAAAGAUUCAAUUGCAUCAUCAAAGCGUAUUCCCUUGAAGGAAUCUUCGAAAACCUUUCUAAACGUUAACAAGAUCUCCAAAAAUCAAUUACAGCAGCAGCAUGAAGAUUCGUGGAAACCUUCGUUAGAUGAGAAGGCCGAGAAAAUGUCGCAGAAGGUGUCUCAGAAACAGUAUAAGCACACACAGAGUAAUCAGCUAGUUGGAUCUCAGUUUUUAGAGUGGCAGCAGAGUUGGCGUCGCAUUCUGAAAAGAAGCAUCGUGUUCUUUGACGAAACAAGUAAGAGGCAUGAGCAUGAGUAUGCCCGUGCCGUUUCUGCCUUUAAAAAUCUGGGAAGUAAUUUCUCCAGUUUCUUCACGGAUCAGGUGACUAUCAUUGUGUCGAUGAGAACUUACGAUAAACAAGGAGAAUACCCUAAAGGUGAUAUAUUUCAUACUGCAAGGAAAAAAGAACUUAAGGUUUGGAACUAUGAUAAAGUCUUUAGGUUCAUGAAGAACCUGGGCGAACCAGUUCCUGACGAGAAAGCUUCGAGUAAGCUUUCGUUUCUGUUACGUAACGAAAAACUCUUUGGACCUAACGAUAGAGAUCCUAACGCAAGACGUGAGGAUAUCAAGUAUUUCUCUGAUUUGUUUCUCUAUGUUUAUGAUUUGAAGCAGCAGACACGUCCCGUUGCGGUGAGGGAAUGGACCAGAGAUGGUGAUUUUCCUAGAUUGCAUCAUUCUACCAACGGUAAAUCUAUCUUCGUCAGCAAUGGGUAUACCCGGUUGGAGAGAAAUAAACGCAUAAUACGUGUUGUUUACUUUCUGAACAGCAAAGAGUAUAGAAAGAAGCUAAUAGAGGAGUCUUACGUUGACUCAGGUAUGGACGUUCCCACUUAUACUGAGAGGAAGCGACUUUUUGAUGAAUGGAGGGAGGAAUUUUACCAACAAUCGGGCAGUCUGCCUCCACGACGGCUUCGUGUUUUUCCCAUUGCCAAUGAUUCAGAAGAAAACAAUCUCAAUGAAGGUAUUUACCCCGAAAGCAAUGCUUGUCUUCCUGUGAAACAGAAUGACUCUAUAAAUGAGAAAGAUGAAGAGGUGCCGAAUAUUCAUACUGUCGCUAAUACCUCAAAGAAACAAUGGGGUACUCGUUGGACAGAAAAUACCACAGAGUUGGAUGAUCAUACCGUUAAUAGAGGAAGUUCAGUCACUGUUCGCGUUCCUGCACUCUGUAGAGAUGAUUCUGUCAUUGGGGCUGGAUGUACUAAAUUUAAGAACGAGUAUGGAGAAAUCCAGGCUUCAGGAGUGCAGAAUCAAUCUGGAUCAAAUGCUGUUAGCGGUAACAAUGUUGGCAAUGGGUUAGCACCAUCUUAUUCGGAGGUUCACAGUAAGAAAAUUGCACAAAAUCAAAGGAAGACCAUGGUGUUUGAUCCCCCAUCUAAGAAGCAUUUAGUGAAGGAGACAAUAGUGGAAGAAGGGAAGGAAAAUGAAGUUCCGCCAAACAGUAUAAUGAGUCCGGGUGAAGGGCCUGAUUUUGUGAAGGAGCCUCCCAAGGUUUUCAUCAAGCAUGCUCAGCUAGCCAAAUUGAAUCCAUUAAGCGUGGAGAUGACGGAGAGAAAGUUGAAGAGAAGAAGAGAACGUUACUCGGAGAAGAAGCAUAAAAGAGCUAAGCAUUCAUCAAAGCCGGGCUACUGUGAAAACUGCAGAGUGAAGUACUCUGAUUUUGAUGCGCAUAUUCUCACCGACAAGCAUCGCCAAUUUGCUAUAAACUCUAAAAAUUUCGAAGAGAUCGAUGAUCUAAUUACAGAUGUGCGAGAGCACAUCUCGUUCAGCGAGGAGAGGAGGCAGCACGAAACUAAGAAGGAGCUAAAAUAUAAGCAAAAAUAUUAA